GAAUCAUCCGCGUUGCAAAAGCGGACGAAGGUCGUCCCGCGAGAGGAACGAGUUGCGCAACAGGUGAAGACCACAGGAGACCAGUAUGCAGCAUCUUCAGCCCCCACCAGCACAAAAAAUGAAGGAAAGACCGGCGGGGAAACUGAAACACCAGCUUUGGCCCCGGCCCUCUCGAGCACGCAACUGGGACCCAGUGGCGAGUUGAUGGUUGCUGCGGUGGAUGCGAGUUCAUCUCUUUCGCCCGCGCAAGAAAGAAGUACAGCUUCGAGCACAACAACUCCAUCUCUCGGGAUGAAAAUCGACGAGCCAACUACUGCGGCAAACCCCUCGACUGCAGCAGAGAAGGUUGUUGCUCGAUCAGGACAGGGAAGUAAAUCCUCGACCGCUGCUAUCAAGUGUAAAAAUGUCUGGGUCUGGAAGAAUGCAACUUGUGAUGCUAACUUUGGACUCUAAAAGAAUCUGUAUUGCAUGACCAGCAAGAGAGGUCUCGCUUCUGCUACGUGGGAAGGGCUUUUGUCAUGCGGAGUAGGCAUCAGGAAGCUCUCGAAGAACCUGUGGUGCUAGGUCGCGCAUUACAAACAUCCUGGAGCAUGCAAAAUAUGCAUGACAAAUCUCAGAAUCUUCCAGACCCAGACAUUUUUACAGUUGAUAGCUGCACAUGAAAAGAAAUCCCCGGGAGCUGCACUAGUAUCAUCAUCUUCCUCGGCACUGGAAAUAGCUCGAAGAGAGCAGAAAAAAAGAGAAUACGAGGGCGACGCGGACUGCAAGGACCUUGGCGAUGACAAGACAGUAUGAGAGUGCACAACUCCCCCUCCCCCUCAUUUGUCAUGCAAAAUACCAAAUCCAAGCGCUGCCCUGUGGCAUUGUUCGCAUGACAGAUUCCGGAAUCCCAAACAGUACUACAUUACGCGCAUGAACCUAUCAUGCACAGUCUCCUUAGAUGCGGGUGUUUGUAUUGAUGUCCAUGCAAUAUUAGCAAUACAAAUUAGGGGGAGGGGGAGUUGUGCGCUGUCAUAGACAGAAGAGUUGUGCGACAAGCGGCAGGAGUCCCUCGAACUGAACGCGUCCAAGUUGACCGAAGAAGCGGAUUAUGAAUUGAAAACGCUAAAGCAUCGUACUAGUAUGAGUUGCAUUUCAAAUUUCCUCAACAUGAGAAAUGGAAUUUGUAAUGCUGAUUGACGUUAGGAAAAAGAUUUGUAAUGCAUAAUUGCAAUUACAACUACGAGUGCGAUACUUUUGCACUGGAUACGGAUAACUGGGUGGCGGAGGGCGGCGACAAGGCGGACCCCAUGAGUAUGGCGUUCUCAACUGUUACAUUCUCAACUGCUGCAUGAGUUUGUAAUGCAAAACUGCAGUACAUAUCUACAGGACCAGGCUGCUUCGCAUGACAAGUUCUCGACGCACUAGAUAGCAUUAUAAUAUGCGCCCAACUUCUUGUAAUGCAAAAUGCGCAAUCUUCUGCCUUGCACUUUUGCCAUUCUUGCAUUACAAAUUCAUGUAACAGUUGAGAGUGUAACUGAUUUGAGAACCCCAUAAUGAGCCCGGGAGAGAUGGAGGCCAUUAUCAAAUGCAAAAAUGUCUGGGUCUGGAAGGUUGCAACUUGUCAUGCUCCAUCUGAAUCAUGUAACAAUCUGUGUUGGCAACACAGAUUUUUGCAUGAUUACCAAAAGCUGUCCACUUUUGACCUAAUCGAGAGGCAGUUUCUCAUGCAGGAUAGGCAUGAUAGAACUCUCACAUCAGAGUCUGUCAUGCUAGGUCCUACAUACCAGACCUCAUGGGUCAUGGAAAACCUGCAUGACAAGCCUGGCACUCUUCCAGACCCAGACAUGUUUGCAUUUGAUACUCAUGCAGGAGCAGCAAUCCGAACAGACCAUGCAAGCCAUCAACACGGAAAAAGAGGAGGAGGAGGAGGGCUUCCUAGCGGGCUGUCGACGAUAA